GCAUGUUCUUGAUUAUCGAGGCCCACUUUUGGAAGAAAUCCGUCAACUUCCCAUAAAUGUCUCAGAAUCUUCACCAUCAUCUUUCUAUCUGAUUUUCCAUUUUUACUCAGUCAACCAAUUUCCCUGUACACUUCAACUUCUUCACGUUAUUCUACAAUGGUGAGCCAUCUCCUCUGUGAUUCCUCUGUUGACUUCAACAAUCUUCUUAAUUAUCUGGAUUUUACAAUACUUUCUUCCUCAAUUCUUCUCGAGUUCAAUCUCUCUAUUUUCUUCUUCGUUGCCGACAAUGGAGCGCCGGAAUCCGCUCCGGCUUUGGUUUACGUCAGCGGUUUUUGUUGUUUUGAUGCUCUUUACUGUAGGAGAGGCGGAUCUUGCGUCGGACACGGCGGCGCUGGUGGUGCUUCAGAAAGCUAUGGGCGUUCUGAGUCGGACUCGCCGUUGGAACCUUUCCGAUGAGACUCCAUGUUUGUGGCUUGGCGUCACUUGCCGCGGCGGGAGGGUUGCUGAACUGCGGCUUCCUGGCGUUGGACUCGUCGGGCAACUUCCUUUAGGGUUUGGAAAUUUGACUCAACUUGAAACCCUAUCUCUUCGCUCUAACUUGCUUGCAGGUUCUAUUCCAUCUGAUUUUGCAAACCUCCGCUCCCUCCGGAAUCUAUACUUGCAUCGGAACUUGUUUUCCGGCGAGAUUUCUCCGGUUCUGUUCAGUAUUCAGAGUCUUGUUCGCCUGAAUUUGGCGCACAACAAGUUUGACGGUUCAAUUCCUUCUGGAUUCGAUAAUCUCACGAACUUGAAGGUUCUCAACUUGGAAGAGAAUCAACUCGAUGGAUUCAUUCCUGAUUUCAACCUUCCCUCUCUCAAGGCUCUCAAUGUUUCUUUCAAUCGUCUCAACGGCUCAAUCCCUACGCAGUUUUCCGAUCAACCAGCCAGCGCCUUCGAUGGCAAUUCGCUCUGCGGGAAGCCACUGAGCCCUUGCGACGGCGAGGAGAAGAAAUUAUCCACAGGAGCAAUCAUCGGAAUAGUUAUCGGAAGUUUGGUUGCAUUCUUGAUUAUAGUUCUGAUUUUAAUCUUUCUGUACCGAAAGACGAACAGGACUAAUCGGUCAGCUGGUGCUCAGACGACGACCUCCGAGAGAUUGUCGUCGGAGGUUGAUAAUGCCGGCGGCGGAAGCGGAGGAAUUGGGAGUGAGAGGAAUUUGGUGUUCUGUGGGAAUGGAGAAAGAACGUUUGAUUUGGAGGAACUGUUGAAAGCUUCAGCAGAGGUGCUGGGGAAGGGUUCUUUUGGAUCAACUUACAAGGCAUCUCUUGAUGUAGGGAUGACUGUGGCGGUUAAGAGGUUGAGAGAUGUCAUAGUUUCAGAGAAGGAAUUCAAGGAGAAGAUUGAAAGCUUGGGGAUGAUGAACCAUCAGAACUUGGUUUCCAUUAAUGGUUACUAUUAUGGCGGAGAUGAGAAGCUGCUGCUGUGUGAUUAUGUCUCCAUGGGAAGCUUAUCUGUACACUUACAUGGCAACAAAAGUCCGGGCAGGACUCCAUUGAAAUGGGAAGCAAGGGCGGGCAUUGCGCUCGCAGCCGCUCGGGGGAUAACAUAUCUACAUUCUCGACGACCUCCGACCUCCCAUGGCAAUAUAAAGUCUUCAAACAUUCUCCUCAAUCGAUCCCGGACAGCUUGUGUUUCCGACUUCGGCCUCAUUCAGAUUGCAGGUCCUACAUCCACUCCAAACCAUAUUGCAACCUACCGUGCCCCUGAAGUCACUGAUCCUCGAAAAGUAUCCUUAAAAGCAGAUGUUUAUAGUUUCGGUGUAGUAAUUCUAGAGCUUCUAACAGGGAAGGCUCCGAACUCACCAAUGCUCAAUGACGAUGGCAUAGACCUACCACGAUGGGUGCACUCGAAGAUCGAAGAGAAGAAAACGGCCGAAGUGUUCGACGAGGAGCUGUUAGAAUACAAGAAUGGCUUGGACGAAAUGGUUCAACUUCUACAUCUUGCCAUGUUGUGUACAGCACCACACCCCGAUAGUCGUCCAUCGAUGGCAAAGGUGACGAGUCGAAUUGACGAAAUAUAUCAUUCGAUCUUACUGAAAGAACAAGAGACGAGCAACGAUAAAUUUUAUGAUGUGGAUAGUACUGUUUCUCAGCAAUUUUACUCGGCUGAUUCAAUCAUGGUUCCACCUUCAAUCUAGCAAGCUUUUCUCUGAUGAUUCAAAGGAGGAUUGCUGACAGAUGAACUAAUUGAACAUAAAAUUGUUUGUUGAUUCUUUGAAUUUGGAUUUUUCCAUAAGAUUUUUACGUGUUCUUUCUAAAUUUAGCUUUGGGAUUGUGUGUAAUUGU